CGAGUCCUUGUCCGCGUUCUGUUCGCGUGGAAAGAGGUUUAGAAUUGGACUUUCAGAUCUCUCUCUCUCUCUAGAAAAUUUAGAGCUCGCGAGUUGUGUUUUGGUGGCGUUUCCUGAUUCGCAAGACUCGGCUGGUGAAUUCGAGCUUCUUUUGGCGCGAAGUCAGGACCUUUCGAGUUUCGUCGUCUGUGGAAUUGAAUUUGAGUCGCAAUCGGACUCUGUAGAGAGAGAGAGAGAGAGAGAGAGAGAGAGCGGGAAUGGGGGUAUCGGACAAUACGAAAGGGCUGAUAUUAGCUGUGGCGUCGAGCGCCUUCAUCGGGUCGAGUUUCAUCCUCAAGAAGAAGGGCCUCAAGCGCGCUGGCGCCACCGGCACUCGUGCAGGAGUUGGUGGAUAUACAUACUUACUAGAGCCUCUAUGGUGGGCUGGCAUGAUGACAAUGAUUGUUGGAGAGGUUGCCAAUUUUGUGGCUUAUGUAUAUGCACCUGCGGUUCUUGUAACCCCUCUUGGUGCACUGAGUAUAAUAAUCAGUGCGGUUUUGGCUCACUUCUUGUUGAAGGAACGGCUGCAGAAAAUGGGUGUUCUGGGAUGUGUGUCCUGUAUUGUAGGCUCAGUGGUAAUUGUAAUUCAUGCACCUCAGGAGAAGAUUCUAAAUUCCGUUCAAGAAAUAUGGAAUCUUGCAACUCAACCAGACUUCUUGGUUUAUGUUGCGGCUACAAUCUCUCUUGUGCUCGCUCUGAUUUUGCAUUUUGAACCUCGCUGUGGACAGACAAACAUACUGAUCUACUUGGGAAUUUGUUCUUUGAUGGGUUCUCUUACGGUCGUAAGCAUAAAGGCCAUUGGAAUUGCUAUAAAGCUUACCCUUGAUGGAAUAAGUCAAAUAGCGUACCCUCAAACUUGGUUUUUUCUGACCGUUGCAGCAAUCUGUGUCAUUACACAAUUAAAUUAUCUCAACAAGGCAUUAGAUACAUUCAACGCAGCAAUUGUUUCUCCUGUUUAUUAUGUCAUGUUCACAACUCUGACCAUUAUUGCAAGUGCAAUUAUGUUCAAGGAUUGGUCUGGUCAGAAUAUCAGUAGCAUAGCCUCCGAGAUAUGUGGAUUCAUCACUGUUUUGUCGGGAACGAUCAUACUUCAUGCAACCAGAGAAAAGGAACCUGCUUCAACGCAAGGAAGCGUAACAUGGUACAUCUCUGGAGAUUCAAUGAAGAGCCUUGAAGACGAGCAUUUGAUAACCUUACGCAGUUCAGAUUACCUCGAGCAAUAGGCUUUUCCUUUGAGAUGGAAUAACAUGAACACUGUCCGAUAUUCCCUAGCAAUGAAACAAUACUGCGACUCGCAUCAGAAGUGGUGUUUGCAGAGGGGGGAGGAGCUACUUGCUGAUUGUUGGAUGGAUCUUUGGUUGACAUCAGAUUGCAACAACCACUUCUUCUAUUCGUUCUCUUCACUGGUUGAGAUGAGAGGCUUACUUGGAAUAGCUGAAUUGAUCUGUGACGCGUGGGGCACCACUCUCAGCUAUCAGCAUAGAAUCAUUAUCUACUCUGGAAGGGGGUUCCGAGUGCUUCCAUGGUCACGAAAAUAUUUAUUUUGUAGUCGCCAUUGUUUGUGUUCAUGACAGCCCAUUUUUGCUUGCAAAAAUAUUGAUUCCCUGUCGUUCUUCCGUUAGUCAUGAGGUUUCUGUUGAUAGCUUCUGCUAUUUUUGAGCUGGUUGAGGGCCUUCCUUUUUUUUUUUUUAUCUUCUUAUGACAAUCCAUUUUUUUCAUUGUUAUCGAGAAUUAAGAGUAAAGGUCCUUGCGAGUGUAAAUUAGAUAUUUGGAUUCAAAUUUUGGAUUUUUCAGCCAGCAAGAUUGUUUCAAGUGAGUUUCUCCUUUCCAAAAAACUUUUGUUGCAGGGUCCCAUGACGUUAAACAAUGACACUUUUGUACAUAACCGUUUGUUCAGUUCAAUCGCACGUGCUGUAUGUUUGUGUGAGAUACGUAUCUCAUUACGUAUAAGAUGUGUUUUUGCAUAAACUUUAUAGCAAAAAGAGAAAAAAAAAAGAAAAAAAGAAAAAAUUGGUUUGCUUCUGUUAUAUAUUUGGCACAUGGUGUCUAUUAACCUAAAUUUUUGGUUUCCAAAAAAAAGGAGGGAAAUUGUUCGCAAAAAAGGGGAAAAAAAAAAGCAAA